AUGACAAAUCAUAUACUUAAUAUCUGUGGUAAAAUUUUAGCUGAAAAUAAAGUAUUUUAUUCACAAAUAAUUAAAAAUAAAUCUGAACAAGUUAUUGAGAUUUCUACUUAUAAACUAGUUUUAAUAACUGACUAUUUUGAUAAAGCAACUAUAUCAUUAGAAAAAAACUUAUAUUCAAGUUAUGAUUCACUAUCAAGAUAUAUAUUAUCAAAUAGAAUAAUUCAAACAGAAUAUGCAUGGGUAUUAGUAGAAAUAAUUGAUCAAAUUAAAAAUUUAUGUGAUUUAACUCUUUCACUUGAUGGAUGGACUGAU